AUACGCAUCUGGCAACACUAAGCAUGCUUUAUUUUUUUUGUUGUUUACCUGCGCGAAACCGGCCCGGCGCUCGAGUCGCUUUUUUUUUAUUUUUAUUUUUUAGCGGCCCCCCCAGCGCAGCGUGCUUCGCGAAAAUUAGCCGCAAAAUCGAAAAAAAAAAUAGCGCGAGCGUAACAGCAAUGUGCCCGGGAAAAUGCCGGGAAAAGUAUUAAAUAAAAGCGAACGAAGGAAAGAAGUGCGUACGGCGCCGAGUCAAAAAAUCGAAAAAGUGCCGAAAAUAAAAUAAUUAAAAAAUACGGUUUGAAGUGAGAAGAGCACCUGUUGGAUUGCAAUUACAAGAGAAAUAAAAUAAAAGCGGAGAAAAGCGAUCAAAGAACCAGAAACCAGCAACAAGUGGCCCCCGGCCCGGCCCCAGCCAUAAAUGUGGAAAAGUGGAAAAACCGCGGCAAAAAUGUGCAUAUGACACCAGAUUUGGUUUUUGGUUCUGCUCCUGACACCAGUUUCUGCUUCUCCUUCUCCACUUCUCCUCUUUACCUCUUUCUCCGCUUUCUUCCUGGCACCUCUCCACCUCCAAAGACCCACCACCCCCUUUUUGAAAAUUAAAGAAAAUGCGCAGACUAGAUCGCUUCAUACGCAACCACUGCUUCCUGCUCAGCCUGGCCAUUGGCCUCGUGCUCAGCCUGUGUGUCCCGGAGAUCCUGAUCGAACUGAUCCAGCCGGAGUGCCCCCAGGAGGCGGCCGAGAACCUGCUGAUCGAGCGCUUCGGCCAGGACUUUGAGCCGCAACUCAAUCUCGUUAACAAGCCGCUGGCGGCCAAGAAGCCGGUAAAAAAUGUGAUACGACCGAGAUAUUAUUCCUCGGAGCUGGGUAUCCGGGAGAAGCUCUUCAUUGGGGUCAUGACCUCCCAGGAGCACAUCAACACCUAUGCCACAGCCUUCAACCGGACAAUAGCCCACUUGGUCAAUAAAAUUAAGUUCUUCAUCUAUGCGGACAGUGUCAAGACUAAUUAUAAAUUAAAGAACAUUGUGGGAUUCACGGACACCCACGAGAAUCGUCGUCCCUUCCAUGUGAUCAAGUACAUAGCCGAUAAUUACCUAAAGGAGUACGACUACUUCCUGCUAGUUCCGGAUAAUGUCUAUGUGGAUGCCCGGAAGUUGAAGAAACUAUUAUACCACAUGAGUAUCACCUUUGACCUUUAUAUGGGAGGAGCACGAGUGGGCUUGGAUGCCGGGAAUCCCUUCAAUGACCUGGGUGGAGGAGCUGCCAGUGCCGGGGAGGAGGACCUGCCACCGGGUCUUAAUGACAGAAACUAUUGCUCUUUGGAGGCGGGCAUCCUCUUCAGCAACAGUGUCAUCCGGAAGAUGAGGAACAAUCUGGAGCGAUGUGUCCGGAUCGGUAGCACCUCCGAUCACUCCGUCAACAUAGGAAGGUGUGUCAAGUACGCCAGUCGGGUGGCAGGAUGCCAGGAGAGUUUUCAGGGAAUGCGUCAGUAUAGCUAUGCCCUGGACUCUCCAGGACGACGACAUCGUGACUUUAGUGAAUUGGCCAAACAGGAGGCCUUCCGCAAUGCCAGCACCGUGUAUCCUGUCCAAACGCCCGAGGACUUCUACCGACUACACGCCUACUUCUCCAAGGAUCACCUGGAAAAGGUGCAGUCUAGUAGCUAUGAUCUGGAACAGAAAUCUUACCGCAUCGCCAAUGGCAGUAUCUCGAACAAGAUCCUGGAGAUUCGCUGGCCGCUGGGAGUUCCACCGCCGAGUGCUCCGGAAACCCGACACGACAUCCUCACGUGGCAGCUUCUAAACGGGACGCACAGUUUCCUGUCCCAUGGAAAUGCCGAGCAUACGGUGGCCCCACUGUCCAAGGUGGAUGCUUUGGACUUUGAGAAGGUGCUGCAGAUCGCCCUGCAGUAUGCGGCACUGAAGCAUCCCCGAUUGACGUACCACAGCCUGCACAGUGCCUACCGGAAGUUCGAUGCCACCCGGGGCAUGGACUAUCAAUUGCAUCUCAGCUUGCAGGAAGGAUCCGGACGGAAUCGACAGCUUCUGGUGAAGAGUUUUGAGGUGGUGAAACCCCUGGGCAGGGUGGAGGUGGUGCCAUCGCCCUACGUCACGGAGAGUACACGGAUAGCGGUCCUGGUGCCGGCGUUCGAGCAUCAGGUACCGGAUGCCCUGGAGUUUGUGGCCCAAUACGAGCGGGUCUGUAUGCAGAACCAGGAUAACACCUUUCUGUUGCUGAUCUUCUUAUAUCGCCUGGACUCGCCCAGUAAGGGCGACGAUGAUCCCUUCAAGUCGCUCAAGACUCUGGCCCUGGACCUGUCCACGAAAUACAAAACGGAUGGCUCUCGAAUCGCCUGGGUCUCCAUCCGUCUGCCGGAGCAGUUGAGCACGCCGGUGGAUGCCAGUGACUGGCUACUGCACGCCUCCAUGUACGGACCCCGGCAGCUAAUCAGCCUCGUGGUGGCGGAUCUGGCGCUGCCCAAGCUGGGCCUCGAGUCCCUCGUUCUAAUGGCCACGCCGGGCAUGAACUUCAAGGCUGAUUUCCUCAAUCGUGUCCGGAUGAACACCAUCCAGGGCUUCCAGGUGUACGCACCCAUCGGCUUCCAGAUGUAUCCGUGCCGGUGGGCGCAGUUCUGUAAGGAGUGCGACACCUGCGAUGUCUCCCAGAGCUCUGGAUACUUUGAUCGUCACAACCACGAUGUGAUUUCCUUCUAUUCCCGGGAUUAUGUUCAAGCCCGGAAACUACUGCAUCCGCAGGGAUUACCGAUCAUCAGGAGCGACCUGGACAUCGAUCAGCUGUUAAUGCCAACGGAAGGGCCGGAUACACGUCCUGCGGGCGUUGAGAGCAUCCUGGAUAUGUUUGUGGCGGCCCAGCAUUCAGUUCACAUACUCCGGGGCGUGGAACCGAAUCUACGAUUCGGCCAGGAUGUCCGUAACUAUCUGGCGAGGGGCGGAACACUGCCGCCGGAGGUGCCGGAGCGUUGUGGACGGGAGAAGUGCAUCCAUUUGGCGUCGAGGAAGCAGAUCGGUGAUGCCAUCAUCCGCUACGAGGAUAAAAGUAUUUUGCACAAAUAGCAGGCAGUCUGAUAUAGCUCCUGUUCCUGCUCCUGCUCCUGCCUGUAAUAUCAUUAGUUCCUUUUUUUUUAAAACUUACACUUCCAUGCGUGAAUGACUUGCAAGGGGUAGUGGGGGUGAGUGAAUGUGACUUCAAACUCUGGGUGGUGUGCAUCGUAUACAGGACUUCAAAGCCAACUCUUAUACUCGCAUCUAGGACAUCCAAGGACCUGUGUGGCAGACCUAUCUCAACACUAACUUCUAGUUCAAUAAGCCAGUUGUUGCUUGCUUUAAAGUGAAACUUUCAAUGCUCAAAAAAAAUUAAAAAACUAAAAGAAAUCAUAAGGAAAAACUAUUAAAAAAAAAGAACGAUUAGACAACGAUUAGUAAGGAUAAGGAUUAAGAAUAUAUAGCUGCCAUUCAUAGACAUUCGAUAUUUGGUUUUCGCAUGUAAAUAUUUAGCAUAUAUCCCAUUUAAUUGUUAACUAUCCUAACUACUAUUGAACUUGCCUAUGUAAUUCCUAUAUAAUAUAAUAUAUAGACUACCUUAGUCCUUAAAGGAGAGUCCUUCGGGCAAUAGCCGGGAAGGACGACCCAUAGAUUAGUUUGGGAAGGGAGGGUUCUCUCUGCAGAGGCCUCUAACUCUAAGUACCAUGACUCUAUUUUUUUUUUAAAUAAUUAUAUUUUGUUGCAAGAAAAAAAUAUUAAAUUAAAAUUAAAAUUAGUUAAGUGGCUGUACUCUGUGAAAAAAAAUAAAUGCCGCCUUGCCUCAUUGUCUCAAAAAUAAAUUAAUUAAUAAACCGGUGUGCCAAAAAAAAAAAGAAAUGUUUAAAAAAAAAAUUAAGAAACUUGUAUAUUUUUUACACUUCCAAGUCCACAAAAGUUUGGGGAAUCCCCAGAAUAUUUCAUAAAAACCAUAAAUUGUAAAUAAGAUUUAACAAUUUUAUAAAAAAAAAAUAAUAAUUUUCUAUGAAACAUUGCCAGAACACAUCAGUUUUAGAAUCGAAUAAGAAGUCUGCCAGUCAAUUCUUAUAAAAAAAAAUUAAAUUAUUAUAAAAUAUAUUAAUUUAUUGAAAUAUGAAAAGUUCCCGGUACCGCUUCAAGUACAUCCUUUUUUUAUACCAUUUUAGUCAUAGUUUAUUAUUAAAAUAUAAUCUAUCAUAUUUUUUUUAGGAAUUAUAUUGUAGUUUUAUUAGGAAUUGUUGUUAUUGCAAAAAUAAUACAAUAAGCUUGUAUGUGUAUAUGUACAAUAAAUGUGUAGAUGUUUUCCUCAGUGUA